UUCGCCGGGCCCCAGAGCGUCCUGCGACCGCGAUAGGAACGGGGGCGGCUCGUCGAUAAGGCCAGGCGGCCUCGUUGACUCACUGGCCCAAGGAUGGCAGCGCCGCCGGAGGUCGACAUCACCGAUUCGGAGACCUGGGAGGGCAAGUACACGAUGUACAAACUCGUCAUCCGGCGCGGAAGCCAGAGCUGGUUCGUCCACCGGAGGUACAGCGAGUUCCAUCGACUCAACGAACAACUGAAGAAACAGGUGCAAACGUUUCAGUCCAAGCUGCCCGGGAAGCGCAUGUUCGGAAACAUGAACCCGGAGUUCGUGCGCGGCCGACAACACGGACUGGACGAGUUCGCCAAGACGCUCGUCGCCGACGAACGCACGCGCUCUCUAACGGUGGUGCAGGAGUUCCUGCAGCUGUCGCAUCGGUCAUCAGACUCGGACGAGAACCUGACGGACGAUUCGUCCUCAUGCACGGAAGACGACGCCGUAUUUCUGGGCAGCAGUGAACGUUGCCACGCUCGGCCGAGCGACUUCGAUUUCCGACGCGUGAUCGGCAAGGGCAGCUUCGGCAAGGUGUACCUGGCCCACGACCGGGGCCAGAGGACCUGCUUCGCCAUCAAGGUGCUGCAGAAGAGAAUGAUCGUCAACAGGAACGAGACGAAGCACAUUAUGUCGGAACGAAACGUGCUGCUGAAGAAUCUCGACCACCCAUUCCUGGUCGGCCUCCAUUACAGCUUCCAGACCAAGGACAAGCUGUACUUUGUCCUCGACUACAUCAGCGGUGGAGAGCUUUUCUUCUACCUGCAAAAGGAACAGGUGUUCAGCGAGAACCGAGCGCGGUUUUACGCGGCCGAGGCCGGCUCGGCCGUCGGCUACCUCCACUCCAGGGGCAUCAUCUACCGCGACCUGAAGCCCGAGAACAUGUUGCUGGACAAACAGGGUCAUAUAGUGCUGACGGACUUCGGUCUAUGCAAGGAAGGUCUGAUCGGCAGUACCCAGACGUCCACCUUCUGCGGGACUCCGGAGUACAUGGCGCCGGAGGUGCUCCUCAAAUUGCCUUACGACCGCUCCGUGGACUGGUGGUGCCUGGGCGCCGUACUGUACGAGAUGCUGUACGGCCUGCCUCCAUUCUACAACCGCAACACGCACGAGAUGUACAACAGCAUUCUGCAUGGCCGUCCCCGGCUGAGGUCGAGCGCCUCAGCGGCGGCGCAGCAGCUGCUUACGGCGCUGCUGCAGAAGAAGAGCGAGGCUCGGCUCGGCUCGGGGCCGAGCGACUUUGACGAGAUCAAGGCUCACCCGUUCUUCGCGCCCAUCCACUGGGAAGACCUCCUGCGGAAGCGGGUCACGCCGCCCUACGUCCCCGUCGUGAGCGGUGAUGACGACGUGCGCCACUUCGACCCGGUGUUCACACGUGAGCCGGUGAGCUCGAGCGUGGGCCGCUGUCGGGACUCACGUGCAGACUCCACACUGAGCCAGCUCAGCCUCGACCGCCACUUCGUCGGCUUCUCCUACGAUCCCGGCUGCGAACUACACGACGGCGACUAGCGGGCGAGUGCUGACAUCUAGGGGCGAGAAGGCGGACUACGCUGGUCGGUGCGGUCGGGAGCGUCCGCGCUGACCUCUGGUGAAUGAAGAGCAAACUAGAAAGCGGCAAAUCCGUGCAUACCCAACUUUAGGAACCGUGGGUAUACCCGAACCAAGACGGUGUCGCAUGACGCUCGUACGAUCUCGGCGCUGUAUACAGAUAAACAGCAAUGUGUAAUGGCAGUCACAGAGGCGUCGCGGGAAAUGACUCCUCCGAAUGCCGCCAAUUGGUUGUAUAAGCUUGGAAUGCUCGUGUCGAGCAUUACAGUCACGCCGAAACACUGCUGCAGCCAUGUUUCUCAUUAAAACUUCAGGAAAAUAUUAUCGCUCCACGUUGUGCUGCAGUUCCAUCAUGUGCCAUAACUUGCCUCAUUGUCGGAUUUGUGUUAUUUAUGUUAUGAGCUGAUGCAAAGCUGUGUGGCAUGUAUACUCACUGGAAAGUAUUUGUAAGUCGCAGUGUUGGACCAGUGUCUGUACAGUACAUGUGACGUAUUGCAUAUCUAGCGUAUUGGCUGCGCUGCCCUGGCGUUUGUACAAAUAACAUAAGUGAAGAACUUAAGCCAAUAAUCAUUUAGAGCUUGGGGAUCGCGAAGCGCCGGUCAAUUUUCAUCCAGGGCUGUACUCUAGAGGCUGGCGGUCUUCAUCUCAUUCCUGGCUGUGUAUUAGACGCGAAUAAACUUGUUGCCGAAUGCCGAGGGGAAGCCAAGUGCCGUUGGGCGAUCCCUUUUGGUCUGGUUCAAUUCAUGUCUCGCGUGAUUCAUCGAAGCUGUCGAGGAUAGCCAGCAGUUCGUGGAUCGAGCGCCGCGCCUGCCAUAGGAUGACGGCAUUGCCAGACGGAUGCGCACUUCGUGGAUAUACCAAGGGCACCGCAGUCUCAUCAUACAGGCAUCUUAGACGAAGUUACUAGGUCAUGCGUGGGGGAUCCCGGGCGCCUUCGUUGUGGAUAAAGCCGCAUCCACGGGCUGAACGGGGAAAGCACCCGCGGGCUAGGGGGUGAUGUACGUGUGCGUGAUGCCUAUGUCGUAUGUUACAA